AAUCCAUUUCAUUCAGUAACGAAACUAAGCUCUACUUGCGAUGUCAACACUAAUCCAGCUGGCCGUAUUCCUCUGGGCCGCAGCGUUGAGCUCCGCACUUCAACCUGAUCUAUACGCAGUGGACGUUAGUUGUGCGCCUCCGUCGUGUGCCACCGAAGCAGACCAAGCCACGCUGUGGCCUUUCCGUGAUCCAAAUUUCUAUAUAAUUUGCGAGCCUCCGCAGUGGCACCUCAUAAGAAGACCAUGCCUGUACGGAACCUUGUUCGACUUCACCCACCAACAGUGCGUUCAUCCAUCACAGUGGGAAAAACCGUGCCCACCAACGACAUCGCUACCGGAAUGUCCCCGGGUUGUCUGCCAAACUAUACUGGACCAGAGGCAGCUAUGGCCUGAGGAAGACCCAAGCUUUUUUCUGCAGUGCAUUCCAGGGCCUACCGGUGGAAUGGUAGCCGUGCGGCGCGAAUGUGCCAUGGGUUACCUGUUCAGCUACUCGCUACAGCUGUGCGUGGAUGCUCGCUUUUGGGAGCAGGAUUGCACGUUUGACGUGGUGAUCACGCCACAGACAACUCCGGAUGAGGAAUUGGAGACGACAUCGGAGCUGCCGCAGACGACUACGGAGCCGCCGCAGACGACUACGGAGCCGCCGCAGACGACUACGGUGCCGUCGCAGACGACUACGGAACAGUCGCCCCAGACGACUACGGAACAGCCGCCGCAGACGACUACGGAACAGCUGCCACAGACGACUACGGAACAACCACAGACGACCACGGAGCAGCCGACAACAACCACGGAGCAACCGGAGACGACCACGGAGGAACCUCAGACAACAACGUUCCCCCCUCCAGAAACGACAACACUGUACCCAGAAACGACAACACCGUACCCAGAUCCAGGCACAACUACUGACCCCAUUAGGGGCACCUGUCCAGUUCCGGUAUGCAUGUUCCAGGAUCCCACCCUCUACCCACACACGGACUGGACCAUGUUCUAUCAGUGCAUACCAAACGAGUUCGGGCAUUGGAUUCCGAUAGAAAGGGAUUGCGGUGCUGGAACCUUCUUCCACGGAGGAUUCCAAUUCUGCGUCAACCGCUGGGAAUGGGAAGACUACUGUAUAUAAUAAAACUCUUGGAAAC